GGGGGGCAGAGGCACGGAGCAGCGCAGGCGGCGGGGCAGAUCAGCUGCUCCUGCAGUGUGGUAGAUUGUAAUUAGUUUCCUGAAGAAAUCAGCACUCAUUAGGAAAUGGCCAAAGUCGAAAGGUUUGCUUUUCAUGUUCCAAGUCUGGAGGAGCUUGCGGGGGUUUUGCAGAAAGGGCUCAAAGAAAACUUUGCUGAUGCUCAAGUGUCUGUUGUAGACUGCCCUGAUCUGACUCAGGAACCCUUCAACUUUCCUGCCAAAGGAAUCUGCGGAAAACCUAGGAUAGCAGAUGUGGGAGGUGUUCCUUACCUCAUACCUGUUGCACAGAAAGAAAAAGUUUAUGAUCUAAAUACAGUUGCAAAGGACAUAGAGCUGCCUGGAGCUUUCAUUCUUGGAGCUGGAGCUGCUUCGUCUAAGACUCUUGGAGUAAAUGCUGAGCUUAUCCCUAUUGUUCAAACUAAGAGUGAAAAAAAACCUGCUGUAAAUGGGAGCUAUUUUGCUCAGAUAAAUCCUGCAGAUAAAGGGUGCCUGCUUGAGAAGUACAGCAGUAAAUCCACUGACUGUGAGUUUGCGCUCUUGGCCAACCUUUAUGCCAGUGAAGGCCAACCUGGUAAGGUCAUUGAAGUGAAAGCCAAUGGAAGAACUGGGGAACUGAACUUUGUGUCUUGUCUGAGACAAAUUUUAGAGAAACAAUAUGGAGAAAAGCCAGUUGGGAUGGGUGGUACAUUUAUCAUUCAGAAGGGGAAAGCCAAGAUUCACAUUAUGCCUUCAGAAUUUUCUGCCUGUCCUCUGAAUACCGAUGAAGAUGUGAACAACUGGCUCAAAUUCUUUGAAAUGAAGGCUCCACUGAUUUGUCAGCCAGUAAUAGUUUCCAGAGAUCCAGGCUUUGACCUGCGUCUGGAGCACACCCACUGCUUCAGCCACCACGGGGAAGGAGGGCACUACCAUCAGGAUACCAGUCCCGACAGCGUGCAGUACCUGGGGUACUUCCUGCCUGCCGAGCUGCUCUUCCGCAUCGACAGGCCCCAGGAGACCCACCUUAUCGGGAGAGACUGAAGCUGGGGUGACAAUUUAAUCUUUAUAAAAUACAGAUGCUGAUUUUUUUAACGCUUUUAAUUAUGUACAGUUAUCAGAGUCAAGAAUACAUAUGGCAGCAAUAAAGAGAUGACUUCCUCAUUUCGUGAAA